UCACUCAUGAGAAUCUCAAUGAUCCUACCCUCUUAACAAUUGCCCAUGAUGGUCUCAUGCCUUGUCAAACUGUCUUGAGACUCAAUCCAAUUUGUGUUUUACUCAUCACGUCACCCAAAUCUUGUCAUCUGACAAGAUAAUACAUUAUAGUUGGUGUCUAGCAAAUGUUUCCCACACUGUCUGGUUUGCUAAAUGUCUGUCAUACAGCAAACAAUUUAAGGGUCCAAACUAGAAUUUUAUGGGUGGUUCAUGUUGUAUUACAAACAUUUCAACAUAGGUUUUGCCACAGGUGUAACUAAAUAUUAAUGAUGGCUGGGUUCAGUUUAGGUGUCCAGUUCCAGAGCUCACUAGAAAGGUGUCUUUUUAAUUUGUCACCUGUAUAAAAUUAAUAGCCAAAACAUUUUUUUCAGCCAGAAUCUUAAAGCUGUUCUGCUAUGGUCCUGCCCAGACAUGUGUCACUGAGUUUGCUGCAGUGUAUGAAAUUAGUUUCUGGGAGAAAUGCCAAAUAAAAAUCAGGCUGUUGCAACUUUUAGCCUGACACACAGAACAGGGAGGUGCAGUGGAGCCAGUUUUUAUCUGUGAUAGUUGUUUAAAAUACAACAGGAAACAAAGACAAUAUGUGGUUCACAAACAGUACUAAGUUUAUAAAUAAGACAGGUUCACUAGGCCCUUUCGCCAUCUGACCUGCAGAAACUGUCAGUGAAGUGUUUUCAGGGUAAACAGUUAGGAACUGGGCAAAGUUAGCUAACAUUAAGUAAGUCUGACAUCCAGUUCACAAGUCUUAGAAGGCUAGCUAACAAAUUUUGACCAACAGGCCAAGUAAACAACUCUUGAAGUUACAGCAGAGUAAUAUGGAAGUAUGUGCAUGUGGUUAUUAAGGUAUUAAUCCAGCUGUAGGAGGCAAGAAGUUAGCUAACGCUAGCCAUACGCAGGAUAGCUAAGCUGUGUCAACAAUUGUGAGUAUGAAACUGCCUGGAAAGAAGGAACAUUUAGCUUAUUUUUUGAAAGUUGCACUACACACUUCUUUAAAACACUUUCGAUUACGUAACAUUAGCCUAUUUAGAAUGAAUUCAGAAAGUGUUAAAUGUCCCUAUUUGGGCGGCUUUAGCACAGGUGCUCCUCUAUUCCGGUCACUACGGUAGCUCAGGCGGUGGUGCUCUAUUACGGUCAUUACGGCAUCUGAAAGCCGCAGUCAUUCACAUGUUUAUUCCUGAGUUCUACUGCACUGCUGCUCGACUCUCUGCUAGGACUGAUUUUACAUCAUCAUCUGGUGCCAAAGCUACUGUUUCCUCCUCUGACUGCCAGGUACGGUGCUUACAUUUUCAUUAAAGCGACAAAAUAUCUCCUUAGAGCUUUAUUCUAAGGCUUAGAAUAAACAUUUUAUGAAAGUGCGCGUCGCCACUGUGAUCUAGACUACAAAAUAAUCCUGCGUAAAGGUAAACUCAGUAAUCUAAUUUUGCUCCUGGGACCAGCUGUGUGUCUGCGAGUUUAGAGGCACCUUGUUGAAGUAUAUAUUUUUUAAGUUAAGUUAGCUGUUAAAGUGUUUUGGGAGUUAUUUUGCUGCGAUUUCAGGCCUAUAAAGCAUCCUUUUGAACUGCAUUAUCGGACUGUAGCCAACAGCCCCCUGCAUAAAGGUGAGCAUCGGGCGAAAUAAAGAGAAGGACUCAAACGAGGCUGCUGGGCCUGAUAACGGUUCUGGACAGUAAUCAGAUUUUAGACGAAAUUACUUGGCGAGUUGACUAUAUAGAAGUCUGGGUUCAUGCCGGAUUUCGAGCACUUCAGAUUUUCCUAUUCGAGCAUGAAUCCGGUCCUGGGGGAGAACGGCUUCCUGGCCCCGCAGCAGCACCACCACCACCAGAUGACGGGCCAGACCGACUCCGCCAUCCCGGAGCCUGGCUACUUCUUUGGGGACCACGGCGGGUUCGGGCCUGAUGGGUUGUCCGGGCUGGACCUGGGCGCCCUGCCGCCGUCGGGCCUCGCCUACCUGCACCUGAGCAGCCCCCUGCACCGCGUGCCACCGGCGGCCAUGGCGCUGCGCAACGACCUGGGAUCCAACAUCAGCGUCCUUAAGACCCUGAACCUGCGCUUCCGCUGCUUUUUGGCCAAAGUGCACGAGCUGGAGCGCAGGAACAAGGUGUUGGAGAAGCAGCUACAGCAGGCUCUUGAGGAAAACUGCGGAGGGGAUGGACACAAGAAGCCCCUGACCAAAGAGAUGGGGGUCCAGACUGGAUUUAUUGGGCCUAUCCCAGCCAGACCGGGCCUCAUCCCUCUCCACAACGUCAACAACUCUGCCUACCUGCCCGGCGGCCUCCUCUCACCAACACUGAACCCUCCCCCACUUUUUGACAACAAAUACCUGCUGGGGAACAACUUCAACCCGAUUACGGAUUCAAACUCCAACCUCACCACAUCCGGGUUCUCCAGCCCGGCACUGAGUCCCACCGACCCGUCCAAACCCAUCACAAACAUCAACGAGAAAUACGCCUCCAACGCCGGUACGAACACCAACAACACCCCCCCUCCUCCCCCGCGAUUCCUCCCCGGGACGAUCUGGUCCUUCAACCACACCCGUAGGUUUGGUACCGGGAGGGAGUCGUGCGUCACGGGCCCCGGGGUCUCCUGGACUCACCCGGACGGCGUCGGGGUCCAGAUCGACACCAUCACACCUGAGAUCAGGGCCCUGUACAACGUGCUGGCCAAAGUGAAGCGAGAAAGAGACGAGUACAAGAGAAGAUGGGAGGAAGAGUACACAGCCAGGAUGGACCUGCAGGAAAAGAUGGCUGAACUGGAGGACGACCUGCAGGAGAGCGAGGUGUGUCAGGAUGAGCUGGCUCUGAGGGUGAAGCAGCUGAAGGCUGAACUUGUUCUCUUUAAAGGACUUGUCAGUAACUCUCCCUAUCAGAACUUGUCAGAUCUGGACAGUAAGAUCCAGGAGAAAGCCAUGAAGGUGGACAUGGAUAUCUGCCGCCGUAUCGACAUCACCGCCCGCCUCUGUGACGUCGCCCAGCAGAGGAACUGUGAGGACAUGAUUCAGAUGUUCCAGCAGGUGGCCACGCCCCCCUCCACUCUGAGUGGCCGGGCUAGAAAACAGAGCGGACAAUCAGCGAAGGGUGGGGACGGAGAAGAACUGAGCAUGUCUGAGAGCGAGGGAGGCGGGGCUAAAGACGAGGAGUCGUGCAGCACGUCGGCCAAUCAGAUCAACGAGCAGAUGCAGAGGAUGCUGAAUCAACUGAGGGAGUGUGAGUUUGAGGAUGACUGUGACAGUCUGGCCUGGGAGGAAACCGAGGAGACUCUUCUCCUCUGGGAGGAUUUUCCUGGAUACCCACUGGGAGUGGAAACGCAGGGAGAGCUGCUGCAGCAGGAGGAGUCCAUCGAGGAGGUGAUUAAAGACACGGAGUCUCUGUUCAAAACCAGAGAGAAGGAAUACCAGGAAACAAUCGACCAGAUAGAGUUGGAACUGGCUACAGCUAAGAGUGACAUGAACCGUCACCUGCACGAAUAUAUGGAGAUGUGUUCGAUGAAAAGAGGGCUGGACGUCCAGAUGGAGACCUGCAGGAGACUUAUUACACAGAGUGGAGAUCGGAAGUCCACCUCCCUCAUCACACCGACUGUGGACGACUCUGACAGCGAGGAGAAGGAGAGGAAAAAGCCCGCUCUCCCUGCCGACUCUGAGAUCAGCGAUUCUUACUGCGACGCCAACGCCGCCAUCCCUCCUCUGACCUGGAGGAAACCCUAACACACGCUGCUGGUACUCGUAUCUAAAGUCGUGUCUGUGGUUUUUGUUGACCUAUGGUAGAAAUUACUUUAAAACCAGCAGAUGUAAAAUGUCUAUUCUUUUACAUCUGCUUUUUUACUGGUCACAAACUCAGCCAACAUGUCAGCAGGUGAAUUAGAGCAAAAGGUUGACUUAAAUCUGGUGACAGAAAAGUUACACCAACGACAUUAUGAAACCAUCAUUUGCUUGCAAGGCUUAUAUAGAAAAUUAUACAUUUUCAAAGCUGUUUGUGAAAGAUUUAAGAUUCAUGAAAAAAAGCAAUAAUUCUUCUUGAUGUGUCACUGCUGCCCUCCUGUGGUAAUCUGCUGUAACUGCGGCGCAGUGAAGGUCAAACAGAACAAAAUGGCACUUUUUAAAAGGCAUUCACUGGUUCUGUUUUCCUGUGAGAUGAAAAGGACACAUUUUGUUUUGCACACUGACCUGUUUAGUGCAGGAGCCAAUUAUUUGCACAAUUUCAGUAACAAUGCCUUCAGCUGCAGGUUCAGAUCUGUGAACAGAGAGGCAGUAAUGCACAAAGAAAUUAUUUGCACAUAACUGUUAAAUGAAGUGGUUAACAGUGAUCAAAUGUAGGAACAGUUUAAUUUACUGCACUUAUAUUUAUAAUGAAAUUCUUGUUUUUAUGUCAUUAUUUGUAAAAUAUGAAUUACACAAAUUUUCUGAGGUUAUACUGUAGAUACAGUAACUAUUGGAUAAAAUAUCUAUUAAAGCCCAACUUGCCUUAAACUGGUGUCCAACACUCGAGAAAUACGAAACCUUCUGUGAUUUUAAAACACUGAAUUGGCACAAGAGUUACAAGUUAGUCAAGAGGGCUGACUUGAAAAUCCAUCUUUAAAAAAGGGUUUAAUUUUUUUUUUUUUCUUGCCACAGUACUAAAAAAGGAAAUGCAUAAUUAAUAGGGCUGCAACUAAUGAUUAUUUUAAUUGAUUAUUUUUGAUUAAUUGAUUAGUUGUUUAGUCUAUAAAAUGUUAAAUAGUGAAAUGUCCAUCGAUGUUUCCCAAAGCCCAAGAAGACAUCCUAGAAUGUAUUGUUUGUCCACAAGAUAUUUACUUUACUGUUAAAAUGAGUAAAGAAACCAGAACAUAUUUACACUUAAGCUCUAAAAAAAACCCUGACAGAUGAAUCUAUUUGAUUACCCAUUGUAGCUCUAAUUAUUAAUUAACCAAACUUGAUAAAAAUGAACUAAGAAUAUUUUAAACACAGGCUGUUUCCAUCACAUUCUCAAUAUGAUCUCUGGAAAUCUGUGAUUUUAACAACUAUGGAGCUGUUUGUUCUACAGUUACUACUUACACACUGGGUUUUUUUUAAAAGGUGAUUAUGAUGAAUCUAUAGAGGUAAAAUCCUUAAACUAAAUUCUCCGAAUUCUCAAUUUGGAGCUUUGGAAAACUCUACAAAAUGACUGACUAGAUAAGAAAGAAGUUUCUCGACCAGGAAAUAGUUUUUGUUUAAUUUAUUGUUGCUUAGCUCUCGAGUUAUUCCUCGUCAGGUCUCUACAGCUUAAUCAAACUAAAUAUCCUGAGGCUUAAAUCACUCACUGCUGACAGCUCAGACGCCUGCAGCCUGUGAUGAGCGGUCACUCAUAUAUAUAUGGCUUCAUUUUAAGGAGUAACGAGACAAACACACGUAAAACUGGGAGAAAUAACUGAAUAAAUAAACUAUGAGAAUGUAGGGGUGGUUUUAUUUUGGUGUCUUGGGGUUGCACUGGGGUUGCACUGGGGUUGCAGGUAUUAGUGUUGUGGAUUUUUAAAAUCCUACAGCCUGACCUGACCACACUGUCCGUGUUAAUGUCAUAUUGGAUACAUCUACAGUAACUAGCUUGUGUGAUAGGAAGAAAAGUUAGCAAAAGUGGGAUUGUCAUUUUCUUUAAGUAAAUGCAAAGCCUGAGAUGUGAGACAACGAGAGCUUGUAAAAAUUAGACCUGUACGAAAGGAAGGAUACAGGGCUGUAAUUAAGGAUUAUUUUCUAUACAAUGUCAAGUAAAAUAAUUACUAAUAUUUUUCUAGCUCCAAGUUAAAAAUUGCCAGAGAUCCUCAGUUUACUUCCACAAAAGAUCAACUUAUGAUUUAAGUCUUUGUUUGCUAAAAUGAGCGGGAGAAAAUCUGAGUUUAGUUUAGAAAAUUUGAAGAAUCUCGCAGCUGAAGUAGAUUUUUAUUUAUAUAUAUUUUUUUCCCCUUUAGGGAAAGAAAGGGAAGGUUUCAUAUUUUAAUGCCAACAAUCACAAGCCAACAUCCUUGUUAAUCACUGCUAAUGGAAAUUGAUGGAUUAUGAAAUCAUUACUCUUGACACAUUUCUCCUGUAGAAACAACAGAUUUGUUUGUCUGAUUUUGAGAAACAGGUGGCAAAAACAGACAGUUAUGGGCAUUUUGCUUUUUUCCUUUUACAAAAGUGAAAACCUAUUUUAAGAAAUAUUUGUCCUUAAAAAUGUACAGUUUGUAAAGGCUAAAUAUUGUAUCUAAUGUACAUAACAAGGCUGUAUAUAAUGCUUUAAUGCUGAGGUUUGUGUUCUUACGAUGUAAAUUUAGCUGAGAUCAAAGCAAUUUAACAUUUUAAUUACAUCAUUCUUUUAGUUUUAGCAUUGCUAUCAGUGGAGUUGAACAUCUUCGUAGUAUUAUAGCAGUUAAAGGUUGUUUUUCUGUUGCUGUGUCAGAGCAAAUACAACUGCAGCAAUGAUAAGAAGUUGUUAAAGUGAAUUUACCUUUUUUUAGUUUCCUGUUUCAUGUGGAUGUACAUAUUUGGGGAAAGAAGCCAUUUUGCAAGAGAUGUGUUUAAGCAGAAAGAUUUUUACUCUGUGGUAGAACACAUCUUUAAAUAAAAUGAAUGUCUGCUUAGUCAAUAACCUGCCAUGUUCAUCACAGAAAACAGACUCAUUAAAAGGAACCUUUUUAGUUUUA